AUGGCUCUUCGAACACCCACAAUUCGACGACCUAGUGGCAACGAUGAUGACGAAGAAAUCGAAGAAACCGAAGACGAUCUCAUUGAGAACUAUCGUUACUUAACGGAACGAUGCGGUGCUUUGCGUUAUUCUCCGACCACGAAUGCUAUCAGUUCCAUUCAGCAUGAAAAAGAGAAAGAAAAGCAGGUGAAUCAAUCGUCCUUCACCCGUCAGUACUCGUCUAUUAGUGAAACGACGCAUCAUCGUAAUCGAAAUAAAAAUCACGCGAAUAACAACGAACUUGAUCGUUCAUUCUCUUCAGCAAGACAACGGUGCUCGCCAUUUAAUGAUCUAAAUAAUAAUAGUUCAACAUACUCAACCGAUUUGAGUCGAAUACCUCCAACUAUUUAUUACAAUGACGAUGACGACGAUGGACUUGGUAAUGGUCAAUCAUUUUCCUUAGUGAAAUUAUUCGCACGUAUGAAAGCACGUUUGAAACACGAUCGACGUUACCGUUCGAAAACUUCGCAUGAAUUACUUUACGAAGAAGAUCCUCAAGAAUGGUAUGAACUAACGAAAAACGUUCGAACUAUUUUGACAAAAGCUUUGCUGCCCGACGGUGGCUACGAUGCAUUGACAAAUCGUUCGAAAACUCAUAGUCGGCAAGGUUCGUGUAGGAAAGCUCGCGAACACGAUCCCGUUUUAAGCAAAGACUUUGAAGACGAAGACAAAAUUACUAUUGACAUUGACGAUGAAUCGAACACAGAAGGUGAUCCAGAAUUUGAUGAAAUAAUUUGGGAGAAGUUCUUAAAGUGUAAUCGCGGUUUUAAUUAUCGACGUUGCGGAGUAUGCAAAGCUAUCGAUCGACAAUAUUUCCAAGGACAAUUAGUAUUUUUCUAUGGUGUAGCUAAUAAUAUUCUAAUCGACGAAAAUUUAAAAGCACAGUACGUUCCAAAGAUGAAUUUCAACCGGCAAGUUUUGCGACCAACACACAAUCGACUUCCACUGCAAGAUGUUUCAUCACAUCAGAAAUAUUUCUGUAUAGACAAGACGAAUCUUCAUGUCCAACAAGAAAACCGAUCAGUAGCAAUAGCGAAUACGAAAAUCUCGGUCAAAUCAAGACCAAUUCUAACUGCAGCGCGUUUAAUCAAAUCUCAAUUCAAUGAAAAUGACGUGGAAAUGCUUAUUUCACCCAUGGUUGACAAAACCAAUGUAUUUACUGUUGAGCAGACAAAGGCCAAAACGCGUGAACAAUGUGAAGAAGAUUUGUAUGAAUUAUCUGAUUAUCGUCAAUCAAUAUUCGACCAUUUACGAUCAGUAGAGCACGUCUAUGCUCCAAAAAUAAACUUCAUGAAAAAUCAGUCGGAUGUGAAUGCGAGUAUGCGAACUGUUCUUGUCGACUGGCUUGUCGAAGUUACCGAUGAAUACAAACUGACGAAUGACACACUUUUUCUCUGUGUACAGUAUGUCGAUCGAUUUCUAUCAACGGUCAAUGUAACACGAUCGAAACUACAAUUGCUGGGUACAACUUGCAUGUAUGUCGCAGCAAAAUAUGAAGAAAUGUAUCCACCAGCAUUGGAAGAAUUCUCAUUCAUUACGGACAAUACCUAUGACUGCAAACAUAUUCUCCGCAUGGAACAAAUCGUUAUUAAAAUGUUGAAUUUUUCCCUUUCCGGGCCUACUUCAUACACAUUUCUCCAAUAUUAUUUAACUCAUUUAAAAUCAUCGACAUCGUUUAAUCUUGAUGACGACACUCAACAAUGUCUGAUGUUGUUAUCAACUUAUUUAUGCACUUUAACGCUUUUACAUGAUCGACCAUUUUCCUCCUAUCGUUCGUCAUUAAUCGCUGCAAGUUGUCUUGUCUUUGCUUUUCAAUUGCUCAACCUCAAACCUAUGUCUACGAGCACUCUGAAACAAUUAACUACUUACACGGAAUUCGAUUUAAAUGAAUGUAAAUUAGCAUUGAUACAGAUACAUUCUGAAACCUAUCGUCAAGAGCAAACGACGUCAAGCGUACUUCGACGUUAUCUAAAUCCAAAGAAUAACAAAGAACUUUAUCAAAAACGUGUACAUGACUUAAUUCAUCAAUCGAAACUUGAUGAUGACGAUGAUGUUAUUGAUUUAACAUUGGAUGAAAUUGAUGAGAAUGAUGUGAGUAUGGAACAUCAUCGCUAG